AUUUAAAUUCGGCAACAUUGAUAUACUCACUGUCGCUGUCGUUCCCGUUCUAUAAAUCGGUUCUUCGAUGUCGGUGCUUGCAGGAAGUGUAAUGGAACUGCAAGCAGUGCUUGUGCUAUGCGGACUGGGGGUAGCUGGUGCUGCAGUCCUCCUGCUGAUGGGAUUGUUCUCAGCAUCGGGAACAAGCUAUGAGGAAGCGAUAGCUCAACAAAGACGAGCAACAAAUGAACUGCUUGCUUUGGCUGAAAACAAGAAUAAAUCAAAAAAGACCAAUAAGAAAGCUAAUAAGAAGUUGGCAAAGAAAGAAAAGAAAGAAAAUGCCACAGUGGCAACAGGUAGUGAGCCAGAAAGCGAGGCCCCAGCUGAGAGUGGAGUGGAAGAUGACUCGGUUCCCGCCAAACAUCAUGUAGAGUUUAGCCCUCCUAUCGUAGUUGAAGUUCAAAAUGACACACCACCUCACAUCAAGAUUCGCAAACGCGGCAAGGAUCCUAAAGUAAAGCCGAUAUUGUUAAACAAAGAGGAUCCGAGCUGUGUUAGCGAUCCAAGCACGACGGCGACGCCGGUCGCAGAGGUUUCUAACCACUUUGAGGAAAUGCACCCCAAGGACGACUUAGAAUUAUUGCACGCUUCAUUAGAAAAAGUAGCGGAGAAGAAAGAAGAGGUAGAGAAAAAAGAACAGAAAUCUGCGAAACAAACUAAGAGCGGCAAAGCUCCUCCGAAACAGAAUGUGCCGGAGACAGUGAAAGAGGAGUUGCGGAUCAACGCUGAAGCGCCACUUGAACAGCGCAAGGUUAAAAAGCAAGAAAAGAGGCCAAUUAAUGAUGCUGUAGAUGAAGUGGUGCCACCGUUGAACGCGCCGCAACCGAGCGAGCUCACAACAGACAAAUUGCUACGUAACGCUCUUCCAGCUGCACCUGCACCUGCACCUGAACCUAGACCAACACCUGCUUCUGCAUCUGCACCCACACCUGCACCCGCACCUUCACCGCCAGCGAAGGGCAAGAAGAAAAAGCCUGAACCGAACAUGCUCUCUCUCAUCGCGGACGGCGGCGUGGCGGUGAGCGAGCUGCUGCGCGUGCUGCGCGAGGCGGCGCUGUCGCGCACCGACAUCCAGGUGCUCACCGACGCGCUGCUCGACAAGCACCACGACCCGCUGCCGCAGCACUCCGAGUGGACCGAGGUUUCGCACUCUAAUUCACACACCAAACCUCCCCCGCUAACACCCCAUACCCGACUCGAUCGAAUAUCCUACUGGGACACGCCAAAUGACACUAAGUUAAUAAAUGAAAAAUCUGGUCCCAACGAUCCCAUGCAGAAGUUAAAGAAACAAUUAGCUGACAAGGAAAAGGCGCUUGCAGACGAAAUAGAAGCUUCUCAAGCACUGCACGCUAAAUUGAAGGAGCUCAGGGCGAGCCUGAACGCGGAGCGCGCGCGCGCCGGCGCGGCGCGGGCCGCGGCGGAGCAGGCGGCGGCGGCGGCGCGCGCCGAGCAGCACACGCUGGCCGCGCGCCUGCAGCGCCUGCUGGACGACAACCACGCGCUGGCGCAGGACAAGCUCGUGGUGAGCCCCGCCACGCGCCUGGAGGGGGCUUGGUGGGGGGGGGGGGAGAGUUACGCGUCGUGUGUUACUGUAGGGCUUCAAGCUAAGCUAAACGAAGAAAGCGAAGCUCAAGCGCAACGCGUUCAAAUGGAGAUGCACAUUCAGAGAUUAUCAGAGAGUCGGAUAAGGGGAACGAGAGGGCGUGGUAGUAACGAAGUGCACGUGCAGUCGGAGGCGGCGCUAGUGGCGCAGCUGGGCGCGCUGCAGGCGGAGCUGGGCGCGCGCGCGCUGGAGGCGGGGCAGGCGCGCUGCGACGCGGCGCUGGCGCAGCAGCACGGCGCCGAGCUCGCGCAGCAGCUGCAGGAGGCCAACCGCGCCUACGCCGAGCUGGAGCAGCAGCGGCAGUGCGCCGUGCACGCCGAGCAGCUGGCGCAGCAGGAGCUGCGGGCGCUGCAGGCGCGCCGCCCGGGUAUCACUGAACUACAAAACGAAGUCCAGCGUCUUACAACCCGAGCACAGACUGCUGAAAGUAAUUUAGAGAAAAUCAAGGAAGAAAUGGAGAAGGAAAAACAAGAGUUAUCAAAAGAAAUCGCAUCAUUACAAGAACAACUAGCUGUCCGCGAGUCCGAGUUAGCAGAACUGAAGCAAUUGAAAGCAAUUCCCGCGCAAAAUGGAUUGUCUAUUAACAGCAAUAACGAUGAAGAAAAGGUUGCAGAACUAGCUAAAGUAGAAAGUUUUGUUGAGUCGCUUCGCAACGAACUUGCUUCGGCGCAAAAAAGCAGUGCAGAGCAGAAGCAACAACUGGUCAGUCUACAGGAACAACUGGCUCAGUAUAGAGAGAAGAAUAAUGAGUUGCGAACUAAAAACUGGAAAGUAAUGGAGGCGUUACAAACCGCCGAAAAGGCUCUCGCAACGAAAACGACGCCCGCGAUGCCGGCCCGAGACGAAGCUGUAACUAAAGCAGAAGCGCAACAUUUCAUUGAAGUAGCAAAUGUCCUCCGAUCCGUAUGUCCAACGAUUGCUCCUACAUCUAAAGCAGGAAAGGAAUGGCUACAUAUAUUCGCGGAGACACUCAAAAAAGAACUGGAAACAAGGGAAGCUGAGAAGAAACAAAUUGAAAAAGAACUGUCGUCGAAAUUGUUAGAAAAAGAAAAGGAGAGGAAACAACUCGAAAUAGAUUUCCAAAAGACAUUGCAAAAAGAAAAAGAUUUAGUAGCUAAAGAGAUUGAAAAUAAAUUGCAACAACAGAUAAGGGAGAAAGACUUAGCGAAGAGUAGUCUCGAAGACCAGUUGCGACAGAAGUUAUCGGAAGAAGUAGCUACUAAGAAACAACUAGAAUGUGAAACACUACCAGUGACUGACGACUCCCGAGUCAAACAUUUAGAAGCACAAAAUGAACAAUUACAAAGCCUUGUCAACAAAUACAAGAAAAUUAUUGAUGAUACCGAGGGAGUGCUGAGCCGGCUGCAGCAGAACGUAUCGCGCGAGGAGCAGCGCUGGGCGCAGCAGCUCGCCGACAAGCAGCGCGAGCUCGACGCGCUGCGCACGCGCACGCUGGCGCAGAUGCAGAAUAAAAUUGAUUCGCUACAGGCGGAAUUACAGAAAGUGCAAACGAAAAACAGUAGCAAUAGCUUUGCAGACACGGAAAGGUUAACAGAGGAAAAAUUGAUGGCUGGAUUAUCUGACAAACACGACUCUGAAGUACACAAUGGACCAAUACAGGUUGGAUUGGAAGAGAAAUAACAUACAGAAAAUAUAAUGUACAAAUC